AAUCAUCAAAGUGCCUUGAAGUUAUUCCAUAAUGUGACCAAAAGUUUGAGCUACAUGGCCAAUGAAGUGAGCAUGCUUACUAUAUUGGGUAACCACCCCAAUAUAGUUAAAAUGUUCAAUUUUAAUUUGGAUAAUGAGGAGAAGUUCUUAACCACCGAACUGUGCGGCUUCCAAACACUGCGCGCCUACAAAACGAAAGUGGGCGACAAGAUCAAAGAGUGGCAAAUUAGAAGUGUCGCCUCGCAGCUGUGCAGCGCUGUUGAGUACAUGCAGCAGUACCGCGUAAUCCACUUCGACCUGAAACCGGACAACAUAGGCAUUGUCUCGAUGUGGCCGGUAGAAGUAAAGAUAUUCGACUUUGGUUUGGCCUCCGUUUACUCGGUGAGGGACGUCACGAAGUACAACAAAGUGGGUACCCUACACUACAUGGCGCCCGAAAUUUUCUUGGGCAAGUUCUUCCUCCCCAAGGCGGACCUCUACUCUCUCGGCAUCAUUUUCUACUACCUUGUGUACGGGAGGACUCCUUUUGCUGAGUAUAGUUUGAAAGACCUUAACUUGAUUUACAGGAGGAGGGUGCCCAUCACUUAUUAUGACCAAAGGAUUAUGCCCACUAGCUUUAUUGGGUAUAUUAAAAACUUGGUCAAUUACAAUUGCUAUGAGCGAAGGUUGGAAUGCACCGAAUAUAAAUAUUUACAUGUUAAGACGUACAGGGACCAAGCUGAACAAGAUAAGUGGGCCGAAGAAGUGAUGAAUUCGGCAAUUGGUGCCUACCAUGAUGGCAAUUUUCGUUUGGCGUACUUAAACCUGGCGGAGGCGGUUAGUCGCUUGCAAAUAUACACGAAAAGUGUAACCGCAUAUAAAAUACAGAGGGUCAUCAAACGUUACAAGAACUACAUGAAGUCCCUUUACAAAAUUGCCAAUGUUACACCCACUUUUAACACGGAACAAAUAAGAGACUGGUUCGAGACCAGGGAGGAAGUGGCACCUUUCAUAGAGAUGGCAAUUACUGCCCAAGUGCUGUUCCAGCACAACGACUUCCCGAAGUCGAAAAUGCUGUUCCACCAUUCGCUGGUCGAGAUCGAGCUGUUCAUCAUGUUCAACGGGUCCGUCCGUCACGUCCCGCAGCUACGCGAGAUGCUGAAACUCUGGAAGGCGAUUCAGUGGUUCAUCGAAUUCGAUGCGCAAGUGCUGAAACCGCUGAACGUCGCCGAAAUUAUGGCAUCCAACUGUUGUGCACGGUCGGAAUUGCAGCCUCCCGGAUAUGAGCAGUGGCCGAUGCAGACGACUCCCGACUCCGGGUCGUCGGAUCUUGAGAAGUGGUUUACGUCCAAGGUGCAAGGAGACGGUGCCAGAGCGGGUCCGUCCGGAAGUCAAUCGACGGCGACCACGAGUGAUGGAAGGAAGCGCAAGUCCAGGAGGGACAGGAAAUCUGAGCGUUCGCACCGCAGAGGAUCGCACGAUAAAGAAAAUAGACAUAGGCAUUCCAAAAAAUAUUAUAAGUAAUUUUUUUUAACCUAAUUUUUUCUAACAAAAUGUGGA